AAGGAGGUUCAGAGCCCAGAUUUCAAGGAGUCAGCGAACCCAGGAGUCCUCAGCCCAGCCCUGUUCCUGUUGCUGUUCGGCACCCAGAACGAUGAGGGUCAGCCUGGCCGCCCUGGCCUUCCUCCUCACUCUUGCCAUCCUGCACUCGGAGGCCAAUGAAGAACCAGCUGGUAACAUGAGUGUCUGCUGUUUCUCCUCGGUAACAAGGAAAAUCCCACUCUCUUUGGUGAAAAAUUAUGAAAGGACCAGUGACAAGUGCCCCCAGCCAGGGAUCAUCUUCCAGACCAGAAGUGGGCGAUUCAUCUGUGCCGACCCAGGCCAGGCCUGGGUGCAGAACUACAUCCAAUACCUGGACCAAACGUCCAAGUGAGCUGGGAACAGUGGGACCUUCACAGUAAAGGGACCAUGAGAAGAAGCCACAGAGCCACCUCCCCUCCCCAACCAGCUCCCUCACCCCAGAUGGGCCCUGGGCGAGUCCUGGCCCGCAUGAAAGCCCAUGCUGGCGUUUCCGUGCUCCUGCUCUGAUGGUCUGCGCUCUCCUGAAGCUUUGCCGUGAAGCUCCGCCUUCUGGGGCCAGAGGAGACUGUGGCUUCCGGACAGCAUCUGUCGUCCCCUUGCAGGCGCUCAGGUCUUGAAAUAAAUCCGUGCUGCACAAA